UGUUGGUCUUGUAAUGUGAAACCAAAAUAACUUUUACUUUUGCGUCAUGAAGUAGUGAUUUUAAACAUCUGAGUAAAUUCAACGAAUACUGAGGAAAUAUUCUAAAAUGUGUUACAAAUAUUGGAAGCGUAGCUGUUGAUCUUUAGUGGCCGCGUCGAUAUCUGUGGCUAGUUGUUUUCCCGAUUUUCCGUUUCAUAGCUAGAUGCCCGGACAUAAACAGGCGAAAACAUGAAGAAAUUGACGGGAACCUUCCGGUCUACCCAAUGGGACCCGUAUCUACUCACUUCGCAGAUCAUUGCCAUGCAAGCGCUGCUCUACGUCAGUCUCGGUUCGAUCAUGUUCAUGAUGGAUUAUUUUGCCGAGGCGAACCAUACGCUGGAUCAUCUGUUCGAGUAUCACGAAAUACACGUCACAGAUCUCGGAGGAAGGUUGGUGAUAUUCGCCUUCGUCAUCAACUCCCUGGUCGGAUCCGGCCUGCUGUGGUUCAUCGUUCGACGGACCAAACUUUGUCUCGAUUUCAGUUUCACCUUCCACUUCAUACAUCUGAUCGUUUGCUGGUGGUAUAAUAGCGCUUUCCCGUCGACAUUCAGCUGGUGGCUGCUCAAUGCGGUCUGCACGGCCCUGAUGUGCGUAUGUGGUGAAUUUCUCUGCCUCAAAACGGAACUCCGCGAGAUUCCGGUCGGAUACUCGGCGCUCAACACGAAGGUCGAUUUAUAGAUUUAUGCUGAAUUGAUUGCAGGUAUGUUUGAUGCGUAUGAUGUGAAUGAGGGAAAUAUUUCAAUUGUGAAUAACGUUAGAACAGCUUUAAUUGGUCAGAAUGUAUUGUUGUGAUCGUGAUCUGUAAAUACACAAAAUGCUAAAAUGGCAAUAUUUACAGAUUUUACUGUUAAGAAUUCUUCGAACGA